CAAGAAUGUAUGGGGUUUAAAAAAUAAAACAAUGAAUAAAAAUUGCAUUUUUUUUCCCAAUGCAAUUACAAUAGGUGUCAAUUAUCUGUGGAUUUCCGCUAUUGGCGGUCUGGCCCUGUCCCUAAUUCGCGGGGGUCCACUGUAUAGUUAGUUAGUUAGGCUGCUCCAGAUAAGACAACCUCAAGACAUUUACAGUAAAUGCUGUUUGUCUGCCGAGCUGGCGCUGAACGAAGGCCCUUUAAAUCGGGGCGCUAGGUCCGCAGUGUUGCUUAAGCUGAGCAGUGCGGCGGGAGGAGGCUGUAUGAACUUGAUGUUCCCGCAGAUUACAAGAGGAUUUGACGCUCGGGUCGGCUCGGGUCGGCUCCAGUCGACCGUGGAUGAAGUCGCGCGUGAAAGGAAACGUGACAACUGUAGUGAAGAGUCACUUGUCCUCCCGCGGGGGCAGCAGGACUCGAUUCGGCACUGCAGGAAAGAAUCGAGCAGGUGAAGGCCAGCGUGUGAGGCGUCCCGUCGACCUUUUCCCCCCCCAUGACGUAAGGCGUGGGCCGGUUACCGAUUUCAAGAUAUACUGCGGUUUUCGAAACUGGACACCAACGAAAUUGUGGCUAUAAAGAAAUUCAAAGACAGCGAAGAAAAUGAGGAGGUCAAAGAAACGACACUGCGGGAGCUCAAGAUGCUGCGCACCCUCAAGCAGGAGAACAUCGUGGAGCUCAAAGAGGCGUUCCGGCGGCGAGGGAAGCUCUACCUGGUCUUCGAGUACGUGGAGAAGAACAUGCUGGAGCUGCUGGAGGAGCUGCCCAACGGCGUGCCCACGGAGAAGGCGCGGAGCUACAUCUACCAGCUGAUCAAAGCCAUCCACUGGUGCCACAAGCAUGACAUCGUUCACCGGGACAUCAAGCCGGAGAACCUCCUCAUCAGCUCCGAUGACGUCCUCAAGUUGUGCGAUUUCGGCUUUGCACGUAAUCUCUCCGAGGGGACGGACGCCAACUACACGGAGUACGUGGCCACGAGGUGGUACCGCUCUCCGGAGCUCCUGCUCGGGGCUCCGUACGGCAAGGCGGUGGACAUGUGGUCGGUGGGCUGCAUCCUGGGCGAGCUGAGCGACGGGCAGCCCCUCUUCCCGGGGGAGAGCGAGAUCGACCAGCUCUUCACCAUCCAGAAAGUUCUGGGCCCUCUUCCUCCCGAGCAGAUGAAGCUCUUCUACAGCAACCCGCGCUUCCACGGGCUGCGGUUCCCUACUGUAAACCACCCACAAACACUGGAGCGCAGAUACCUGGGAAUCAUCGGCGGAGCCCUGUUGGACCUGCUCAAGAGUCUUCUCCUGCUCAGCCACGCCGAGCGUUUCCUGACGGAGCAAAGCCUCAACCACCACGCCUUCCAGAACUUGCGGCUGGUGGAGCGGCCCGGGCCCCCCACGCCCACGCCCGUGCGCUCCUCCAAGAGGAAGCCCCACCACGGAGACACCACCCCCAGCAGCGACUGUCUUGACCCCAGGAAUCACGGCCCGAAGAGCUCGGGCAGCCAUCGCUCCAGCACGCGCGACUGCUCCAGCUUGCCGCGCCACGAGGACCUCCACCCCGCCGGCAACAGCGGCGAGGGCGGCGGCCCCGGGGGCUUCCUCAACGGCAACCUGCCGGCGCCCAUCAACCUGAGCCCCACCCUGCACCCAAAGAACUACCCGCCGCAGAUGUUCAACCACUCUGCCUCUUGCGGCGUGGACCUGCCCCACCUGCUCAGCCCCGCCGAGGCCAACAAGGGCGACUUCGACGUCGGCCCGGGCCCCAAAGGCUCCGACGGCCCCGGGGCCAAGUACCUCAAGUCCAACUUCCGAUUGCAGCAGCACCGCCACUCCUUCGUGGAGGGCAAGACCAGCACCCUCCAGUCGGGGGAGAAGCACGGCCGCCACAACUACAUGGAGGCCCCCGCGCCCAAGUUCUCCUACCUGAACCUGUCCAAGAGCUACGGCACGCUCAGCGACGCCAAGUCGGUGGGCAACUUGAACGACGUGCACCUGUACGCCGAUGAGCCCGCCGCCCGCUACUUCCCCUCCAGCUGCCUGGACCUGACGGCGCCCAGCAGCCCGGCGGUUCGGCGCUCGGACCGGCGAGGGAGCACGCGCACCGAGCGCGAGAGCAACACCCUGGACUCUUCCUACCGACGCUCGUCCGCCCGCCGCAAGGAGUCGCCGGACGGCCUGGACCCGAGCGAGGGCGGCGGCGCUGGCGGAGAAAGGAGCCACGGGCAUUCCCUGUCGGCCCCGCACGAGCCUUACCCUCAGGGUUACAGCAGCCCCUUCUCGUCCCAGCAGAGGCCCCACCGUCAUUCCAUGUACGUGCGGCGGGACCACCAGAGGACUCACGGGGGCGACGACGGACUGCUGGUGGGGCAGGGGGUGCCCACCCGCGCCAGCAGCCUGCAGCUACUGUCGCCGCAGCUGCAGCACCGCACGCUGCCUCGCCACUCGGCCUCCAGGGAGGAGGACAUGAGCCGGAGUGAUCAGGCCCCCCCUGAGGCGGCCCCCCACAGCAGACCCCCAAUCAGGGACUCCACCACCAGGGACAACUUUCACGCGCAGAGGCAAAAAAGCGAGGUGGGCCUGUAUCACGAGCCUCAGGCCGAAGACGCCGGCGGCGCCUCCUCCAAGGAGAACCGCAACAUCUACAGCGAGUCCAUGCCCCGCAAGGUCGGAAGCUUCUACAGAGUCCCUUCUCCUCGGCCAGACAACUCCUUCCACGACGGCCGCUCUCAGGCCCGAGGCUCGGGCAUGGCGGGCGACGGCGGAAGUCUGGCCAACCACUCCAAACGCCAGCCCGCCUUUGACCCCUGGACGGGCCCGGACACCGUGGUGCUGAAUACCGCCGAACCGUCCAAGGAGAAAGAGAAGCAGGGUUUCUUCAGAGCAAUAAAGAAAAAGAAGAAAAAGCCUCAGAUGGUCCCCAGCGAGGAGGCGGUCCUGCAGAAGUCGUCGCGCUCCCACCAGAGCGGCCGCCACCGGAGCCGCGACAAGAGCCGCGAGCGCGAGCGGGACAAGGAGUGGGCCGACAAGAUGGCCGACUCCCACUCGCCGAGCCAACCGCUGAAGUCGCUGCGCAAACUCCUGCACCUCUCCUCGUCCUCGUCCAACCAGACGGCGGCGUCCGACAUGCGCUACCAGCCGCUGCCCGGCCCCGCCUCCGUCCCCCAGGUGGCCUUCUCCGACGGGCGCGGCCACCCGGGGGUCAACACGCCGCAGAUGAAGAGCAGACAGUCGGCCUACCCGCAGCUGGAGCCCGGCUGGCACGCCGGCAACCCGUACCCCGAGCAGAUGGCCGUCAAAGGGGGCCAGAACGGGCACGGCUUCGGGCGCCCCUCCAGGUCCCGCAUGGCCAACCUCAACGACCUGAAAGAGACGGCGCUGUGAACCGAGACCGCACGGGAAGUACUGAACUCACCCACGCCUCCGGGACAGACCCCCGACGCGUCACACACAUCUAAACAUACGCGUUUACGUAAAGACACGGUCACAAAGGGGGAAAGUCUGCAUUGUAGUGUGGCCCAAACAAAAUGUCCGCGUUAAUAACACACACACACACGCGCGCGCGCACACAUGGAUAUACACACGCGCACACACCUGCACAGUGCACUGCUUGCAAACUGGAGGCCAAAAGCCUUCUUGUGUCUUAAUGUUUUUUAAAGGCCUCCAAUGUUUGAUACUUUAUAUGAUGACUUCAUUUGUAUUAUAAUAUAUAUAUAUAUAUAUAUAUACAUACAGUAUAAAUAUUACAAAUUUAAUAUUAAUAUAUAUUAAUGUUUAGAUUCAAGUGUAUUUUUAGUUUGAACUGAGUAGAAGAAUUAUAUUUAGUUGUAAAAGGCGUGGUAUUUCUUUUGAGGCCAAUCCCGUCGGCACGGUAACGUCACGUGGCAUUAUUGUAACGCAACGCACGCACACACACACACACACACACACUCACAUCAGCUGAGUUGACAAUCUAUUUCAAUUACAUUUGGUUCGUCCUCAUCUUAACUCAUUCCUGUACAGUUUCUGCGCUUAUUAUUAUUAUUGGUUGGAAAGUAGCUUAGCGGGGACUCUAAAAAUCGGUGUCCACUUGGUCAAUUCUACCCGGCGACAAGACGUAUGGGAGGAACAGCGUGUAUUAUAUUAAUACUACUAAUGUGGCAGCCUUUGUCGCCUGCUAUUUCCUCAAACACACACACACACACACAUUUGUUUAUGGGCGGGCCAAAGCAAACAAAAGUGUUACAUUUGGGAUUUUGUUACUCACACAUUUGUAGCAUAGGCCAUCUUGUUUAUUUUCCUCCUCUGCGAAAAACAAAUGUGUAAUAUUCAUGUUUACAUAUGUAACACGAAAGCUCAAAUAAAUUGCAAACUGGUGUCAUUUGCA